UGCUCCGCCCCCUCCUCCUCCUCCUUCGCGGUCGCGGCCGUCGCCAAGGCCCGGAGGGAGGGAGCCGCGUUCCCGCCCGCCGCGCCGCCACUCUCAGCCUCGGUCACACCGCGUGAGGAGCCAGCCGAGCGGAGCUCUGCGCGGAGACCUGAGUCGCGGUCGCCCCUCUGCAGGUGCCUGUGAGGAGGCGCCUGGGCCGCAGCCGAGUCCCGAGCCCGCCGGCCGCGCACUCGCUCCCCGCGCUCCGAGGGACGGCCCGGCUGGAGGAGGCCGUUGCGGGCCAGGCCUCAGGAUGAACCGCAGCCACCGGCACGGAGCGGGCAGCGGCUGCCUGGGCACCAUGGAGGUGAAGAGCAAGUUUGGAGCUGAAUUUCGUCGGUUUUCACUGGAAAGAUCAAAACCUGGAAAGUUUGAGGAGUUUUAUGGAUUACUGCAACAUGUUCAUAAGAUACCCAAUGUUGACGUUUUAGUAGGCUAUGCAGACAUCCAUGGAGAUUUACUACCUAUAAAUAACGAUGAUAAUUAUCACAAAGCUGUUUCAACGGCCAACCCACUGCUUAGGAUUUUUAUACAAAAAAAGGAAGAAGCAGACUACAGUGCCUUUGGUACAGACACACUAAUAAAGAAGAAGAAUGUUUUAACCAAUGUGUUGCGUCCUGACAACCACAGAAAAAAGCCACACAUAGUCAUUAGUAUGCCCCAGGACUUCAGACCUGUGUCUUCUAUUAUAGACGUGGAUAUUCUCCCAGAAACACAUCGUAGGGUCCGUCUUUACAAAUAUGGCACUGAGAAACCCCUAGGAUUCUACAUCCGGGACGGCUCCAGUGUCAGGGUGACACCCCAUGGCUUAGAGAAGGUCCCAGGGAUCUUUAUAUCCAGACUUGUGCCAGGAGGUCUGGCUCAAAGCACAGGACUAUUAGCCGUUAAUGAUGAAGUUUUAGAAGUUAAUGGCAUAGAAGUUUCCGGGAAGAGCCUAGAUCAAGUAACUGACAUGAUGAUUGCAAACAGCCGCAACCUCAUCAUCACAGUGAGACCAGCAAACCAGAGGAAUAACGUCAUUAGGAACAGUCGGACUUCCGGCAGCUCUGGCCAGUCUACUGACAACAGCCUUCCUGGCCGUCCCCAGCAGAUCGAACCGAGCUUUGAGCCAGAGGAUGAAGACAGCGAUGAAGAGGACAUUAUUAUUGAAGACAAUGGUGUGCCACAGCAGAUCCCUAAGGCUGUUCAUAACACCGGGAGCCUGGAAUCAUUAACACAGAUAGAACUCAGUUUUGAAUCUGGACAGAACGGUUUUAUUCCUUCUAAUGAAGUGAGCUUAGCACCCUUAGCAAGUGGCACAAAUACAGAAUUUGAAACACGUGCUCCAGAUCAAAAACUCUUAGAAGAAGAUGGAACAAUCAUAACACUAUGAAACCAUCGCGUUUGAAUGUUUUCUGAGUGAGGAUGCCAUGGAGACUUGUAAAUUUGGCUAGUUUAAAGCAUAUAUACCUCUGAACCAGUGAUCUGGGAUAGGCAUGAAAAAAAUAUAUUGCAAGCUUAAAAUGUUAUUAAAAUAGUAGUUUGAUAAUUAAUAUAAACUUCGGUGGGUCAGAGGUGAAUUUAAGUCUAAAACAAAGGGGCCUUUGCUAAUGAAAUGAUGUGCUUUUGCUAUUUUGUCUAUAGAGAACUGGAUGUUAGAGCACAUUCCCAGAACUACACAUAAGGACUAGAUCAUUUCCGUUUUAAUUCUGACAUGAAGAAGUCUGAGUCUGUCUUUCGAUACUUUGGGACCUUGGCUCCUAUAUUCCCCAUGUUGUAUUUUGAUUUUUUAAUAUUGUUCCUCUGUUGCUAAUUGUAGCGAGUAAUUUUUUCAAAUGCUUUUUUUCCCCCCUAAUUUCUAAGAAAUCAAAUCAAUUGACUGUUUUUAGGGGUUGCUCCCUAAGUUAUAAAGCAUUGAAGCUAUGUUUCUGAAUUAAACUCUAGCAGUUGUUCAGGUCCGUGUUUGCCCAUCUUGUAGCUUUCAUAUUUACAAACUCAUUCCAUUUGGGCAUCACUUAUGUUGUGAAAGGCAGUUCCAUCGACUCUGGUGACAUGGGAGACUCUCUCCCGUAACCUCUUCUUGUCCUCAUUCCAAAUCUCAUUAGAAAUCAUUCCUUUUGUUGUUUGUGUGUAUAUUUUGUUUGUCUGCCUUUUUACUCUUUUAAUGUAUUUGAGUAGUGUGAAUUAUUUUCGUUAAAAAAAAAAUGCACCCAAACUAAGAGAUUUUUACACACAGGACAACCUUGUGCACUUUUUAUAUGAAAAUGUUGGGUUUUCCUUUAAUGGGAUUUCUAGGAACACUGCCUACACUUUAUGAAAAGUAUGUCGUAUUCACCUUUGACAGGUAGAGUGUAUCUCGAUUAAUUUUAUGAGGCUAUUUAUUACUUUCCGAUGCAUCCACUUAGCAAGGUAAGAGUAAGGCUGCUAACUUUCGUUCCUUGCCUGGUUUCAUUGUAUGGAGGGGCACAGGCACUACGGUAGCUUUGUAUAUAGAGACUAAGAAUAGUAUGAACUACAUGAGUUCCCUGUGACUUAUGGAUAUUUCUCUCAGAGUUAUUUAUUGAUUAAUUUUAUGCUAGGGCUAGAAUGGAUACCUUAUAACAAUUGUGUGCUAUUAAAACAAUGAAGAAUCAAAUGACUCCGUUUUGAAGGAUAUUUUCUCUAUAUGGUAAAAGUAUAUGAAGUAAAGUUGAUUAAAUGAAGCUCUCUUGACUCAGAAUACUUCAAUGUAUUUUGUUCACAUUUUACCACUAAACGUAUCACUAAAUUGUUAACUGCACAACAUUAUGUAAUACAGUGUACUUUUUGUUGAAUUCAUUGAAGUUCUUCCAGUUAUAUAACCACUGUUUUUUAAUGGCAUUCCAGGUUUAACAUUCUGUUGAGUUCUAUAAGUUUGACUUUUUU